AUGACGCCGUCCCUGGUUCACCCGCCCUCCCCGCUCUGCCGCACGUUCCGCAACAUGUGCUGGCAACCGAUCCGAACUAACACGGCCCUCGUGCCUGACGCCCGAGCCACAGAUAGCGAGUUAUCGAACCACCAGAUAGCGGAGGUGCUGCUUAGCGCAGAUGAUAUUAGCAGCAAUACAUUCCUUAUUGCAGAGAAGGACGCCGUUACGACAAGAGAGUGUUCUUGCACGAUUUUUAAAAUGUUAGCUCGCCAUAUUGUAAACGUCUGCUUGGAAACAAGUUUCGAAGUACGGGCGGUCGCAAGCAGCCGGCCGCCAGCUGCUACAGAGUCAGGUGGUGGCCUCGCGGUCACCUCACUCAAGCAGUGCCUCUAA